CCCCCAUUUGAAAAAGGGUAUAGUUCUACUAUAGUUUUCUACUCCUCUCUCUCUAAAACCCCCCUCGCGCUCUCUCUCUUUCUCUCUCUCUUUUCGUUUUCCGCCUUCGUAAUAAACAACGGCGCGGACCUCAAAACCUUCUCUCUCUCUCUCUCUCUCUCUCUAGAAAGAGUCUCUCCCCUCUGAAACCAUUGUUUGAAAUUUGAACACAGAGGGAGAAAAAAGAUAUACACAACUGUUUAUACGUAUCUAUGCACACAGAACGGUAGCUUCAAGGCUCGAUUCUCUCGCGGUUCACGCGGCGCGAGGCAGCCGGUUCUCGUAAACAAACCCGGUUCUCUUUCUGGGGUUUUCGCCACAGAUCUUUCCGCCUUGCUUUUGAUUUGUUGUGAAGAGUUGAGAUAAAAUAGACAUUGAGGGAUUUGGGUUUCUGGGUUUUCGAUGGAUUUGGAUACGAGGGUGUUCUUGAUCUGGGUUUUUAGAAAUUUAUAGUACAAGUGAAUAUAUUCAUUGAAUAUAUAUCUGUAUGCAUGCGGAUGAGGGAUUUAGAUCUGGAAGAUGGGCUGGUUCAGAAUCUUGAUCGUUUAUUCAGGAGAGGACUGAUGGUAGUGGAAGUUUGGGUUCUGAAGCUUAGCUCAAGAAGGUUCUCUAUCUCAUAAGAAAUUUAUUAUUCCGGGGUAUCGAAAUAUCCAUAAUUAUCAACAAAUGGAUUGAAAAAGAAGUAUAUUAGAUGCAAUGUUGAAGAAAUUAGCAUCCGGGUUAUUGAUUUCAUCGUUCCUAAUUUCCAUUUCUGUUGCUGAUAAUGGGUUUCCCCGGUGCGAUUGUAAUGAGGAAGGGGGUUUUUGGAGCACUGAAAGCAUCCUUGAAUGUCAAAAAGUGAGUGACUUCUUGAUUGCGGUUGCCUAUUUUUCGAUCCCAAUUGAGCUCCUUUACUUUGUCAGUUGUUCCAACGUUCCGUUCAAAUGGGUACUCUUCGAGUUCAUCGCCUUUAUUGUUCUGUGUGGGAUGACCCAUUUGCUCAACGGGUGGACUUAUGGUCCCCACCCAUUUCAGCUAAUGCUAGCCCUCACCAUAUUCAAAUUCCUCACUGCCCUUGUAUCUUUCGCCACUGCCAUAACUCUAAUCACUCUCAUCCCUUUGCUUCUAAAAGUGAAGGUGAGAGAAUUCAUGUUGAAGAAGAAAACUUGGGAUCUUGGCCGAGAGGUUGGAAUCAUAAAGAGGCAGAAGGAAGCAGGGUUGCAUGUCCGGAUGCUUACCCAAGAGAUCCGUAAGUCACUAGACCGACACAACAUUUUAUACACCACUCUGGUCGAACUAUCUAAGACGCUAGACUUGCGAAAUUGUGCUGUUUGGAUGCCUAAUGAGACUAAGACAGAGAUGAAUCUAACCCAUGAAUUAAAGGAGAGAAAUCUUUCAAACAUGUAUAAUUCCUCCAUUCCAAUUACAGACGUUGAUGUUACAGAGAUAAAGGAGAGGGAUGGAGUUAAGAUACUUGAGCCUGACUCAGCACUAGCUAUGGCAAGCGGUGGAGGAUCUAUGGAUGUUGGGGCUGUGGCGGCUAUUAGGAUGCCGAUGCUCAGGGUUUCAAAUUUCAAAGGUGGUACGCCUGAGAUAGUUCAGGCUUGUUAUGCUAUACUGGUAUUGGUUCUUCCGGGCAGGGAAGGUCGAUUUUGGAGCAAUCAGGAGCUGGAAAUAGUAAAAGUGGUGGCGGAUCAAGUUGCUGUGGCUCUCUCCCACGCAGCUGUGCUAGAAGAGUCACAGCUCAUGAGGGAUCAAUUAGUGGAGCAAAAUCGAAAAUUGCAACAAGCGAGGAAGGAUGCUAUGAUGGCGAGUCAAGCUAGGAACGCGUUUCAAAAGGUGAUGAGCGACGGGAUGGGAAAGCCGAUGCAUUCAGUUUUAGGGUUGCUUUCGGUGAUUCAGGAUGAGAAGUUAAGUAGCCAUCAACGGCUUCUUGUUGACUCAAUGGUUAAAACCAGUAACGUGUUGUCCACUUUGAUCAAUGAUGUAAUGGACAUUUCGACAAAGGAAAACGGGAGGUUCCCGUUGGAAAUGAGGUCUUUUCGGUUGCAUUCCAUGAUUAAAGAAGCCGCUUGCCUUUCCAAGUGCCUUUGCGUUUAUCAGGGGUAUAGUUUUGCAGUUCACGUGGAAAAGUCUUUACCGGAUCAGGUCAUGGGAGAUGAGAGAAGGGUUUUCCAAGUGAUUUUGCACAUGGUUGGCAAUCUCUUGAAUAGUGGAAAUGGGGGUGGCUGUGUGACGUUUCGUGUAUGCUCUGAGAGUGGAAGUCAGGGAAGAAAUGAUCAGAGAUGGGCAGCAUGGAGAACGAGCUCUUCUGAGGGAUGUGUUUAUGUUAAGUUUGAAAUUGGGAUAAAGAAUAGUUCUUACCAUUCGGAGAGCUCUAUGGAAAGGAUGACAAUCGGAGGCCAGAGGUACAGCAGUGAUGGAGCUGAGGAAGGCUUGAGCUUCAACGUUUGCAAAAAGCUUGUACAGCUAAUGCAGGGGAACAUAUGGGUAGUACCGUAUCCAGAAGGCUUUGAUCAAAGCAUGGCACUAGUUCUCCGGUUCCAACUCCGGCCUUCUAUUGUAAUCGGCAUAUCUGAAUCCGAAAACUCUUCUAGUGCUCCACAAUCCAACUCUAUUUUCCAAGGCCUUCAGGUCCUCUUAGCCGACGAAAACGAUGUGAACAGGGCUGUGACAAAGAAACAGCUUCAGAAACUCGGGUGCAUCGUUUCCACCGUAGGGUCUGGAUUCGAAUGCCUCAGCGCUCUGGGCCCUGCGGUCACUUCGUUCAAAAUAGUCCUAUUGGAUCUCCACAUGUCCGAUUUGGACGGGUUUGAAGUCGCGUUGAAGAUUCGGAAAUUUAGGAGCCGAUCCUGGCCGUUGAUCGUCGCCCUAACGGCAAGUGGCGAUGAGGAGGUGUGGGCAAGGUGUUCACAGGUUGGGAUGAACGGAGUUGUCAGAAAACCGGUUCUCUUACAAGGAAUCGCUGAUGAGCUGCGAAGAGUCCUCGUGCUGGCAAACAAAGUCUUGUGACAAUGUGCCGGUAGGAGAGAUACUAGGCAGGCCAAAAUUCAAGCAAAGCAAUGUUACUUUUUAUCUUUUUUCUUAUUUUUUCUGUGUUCAAGUUUAUGGUUAUCAUGCAUAGUUAAUCUAAAAUUGAAUCACAAAUAGUAACCUUUUGAUAGAAUAUACCUUGAAAUUAACAAACUUGGAUUAAGGUUUUUGACACAAAUGGGUGGUUCUAAUGAAUACUAGCUUAUAUAACACAUACUGUAAAUGGUUGUCAGUUGCAAAUCGUGUUUGUGAAAAUGCAUUUUUGUGCAACUUUCAUAUGGGUGCAUCUUUUGCUUGUAAUUUGAGGACUUCAGUUUUGUAUAUUUUCCUGUGCUCAUCACUUUUUAA